AUGCCCCUUUGGGCGCCCAGUGAGGGCGGCGGCAGCGAGGGCCCCAACACCAGCGGCCCGGGCCCGCAGCAGCCCCCUGAGACCAAGGAGGAUGCCAGAGCGGGGCACCUCCCUGUCGUUGUGGUCGGGGAUUGGGAAUACGAAUGGGUUCCCGAGGGCCGCGUGCUGCGCUAUUCUGCUGCCCACGUGCAGGACAGCGACGCCGCCCUCCAGCUGGCAGCCAAGAGGGAGCAGGUGGAGGAUUGUCCGGAUAGCUCCACCGGCGCUAACGAGGAGGGCGAUCUGGGCAAAGGCGGCAGCGCCUGGUGGGGCGCAGUGAUGCAGUGGCCCCGCAAGCGCAAGCGAGGGCGGGGGCUUUAUCGGGGGCGCGGGGGAGGCCAGCAGGCCGCGGCAGAUCCCGAAGGCGAAUACUUGACCAGGCUGGAGGAAACCCAGAUCCACCUUCCCAGGGCCCUGAAACCUCUCCUAGUGGAAGACUGGGAGCUGGUGACCCUAGGGAAAAAGCUCUUCGCCCUUCCCGCCAAAAAGACAGUGGCGGCCAUUUUGGCUGAGUAUGCAGUCCUGCAACAAAACCACGGCACCGCCACCAAGAAGCAGAGCGUCUGUGAGCUGAUGGCUGGUCUCCAAGAAUACUUCGACGCGGUGCUGAGCGACCAGCUCCUCUACGAUUUCGAAAAACCCCAGCACUCCGAGAUCCUGGCCAAGUACCCCAGCACGCCCAUGUCCCAGAUCUACGGAGGCGCCCACCUGUUGCGCCUCUUCCCGCAGAUGGGUCCCAUGCUAGCCUGCACCUCCCUCAGUGACAACAGCCUCGAUGUUCUGCAGCACCACCUGCAAGAUUUCCUGAAGUAUCUGGCCACCGAUCCUUCCUUGCUGUUUUCUGCACCCACCGACUACCAGGAGGCUUCCGAUGACUACCAGCAAAAAAUUGGGUAA